AUUGGAUAGGGUUAUUGUUCCAAGAUUUAACAAGGGAAGCAAGAAUGUGGCAUGCAUUUUGCCAUUAUUGAGAAUCAUGAAGCAGAAUUCUACUUCCUUGAGGAAUUCGGGUUUAUAUACAAGCCCAGCAACACCAGAAUAUGGAGAUAAUAAUGUUAGAGGAUUUCAGAAGGGAUGGAGUUCCGAACGAGUCCCGUUGCCAACUAACAGUGGCAGGAGGCAUAUUAGUACCACUGCAUUGAUGCCUUUCAAUAGUGGAAGGACAGUGCCUUCAAAAUGGGAUGAUGCUGAAAGGUGGAUUACUAGCCCAGUGUCAAGUUAUGGUCCAAACGCGCAAACCUACAGGGGCCCCAAGUCAAAAAGUGGACCGCUUGGGGCACCUGGCCUAAUGUACUUACCAAACUAUUCGCCCUCUGUGCCAGUCCUAGAAAGUGGAGGUAUAAGUAACUUCAUUGCAAAUUCACCAUUUACUACUGGUGUGCUAGUGCCUGAUGGAGUAUCCAUUCAUUAUGGUGCUGGUGGAAACUCUGGUGGUCUAUAUGCUCAGAAUAGUAUGGCUCGAGCAACUAGUGCUCCCGGUCUGUCAGAUUUGUUCAGUGAAUCUUCAGUACCAAGCUCUCCAGAUGAUGAUACAAAGGAGCCAGAUUCUGUUUCCUGUGGAGUUUUGAGGAGAGAUAUGGCAACACAAAUGAGCUCUGAUAGCAGUACACAUACUUCUCCCCAAGAAAGGUCAUCUUCAAUCCCUCCUGGAGUGGAGCAGAGCAAGCAGCAUGCUACUAAAGUCGAGAUUAGAGACGUUCAGGUUGACAAAGGAGCCACAAUUUCAGGGCUAUCUCGGAAACGCCGGGUGAGGAAACCCAAGAAACAAUUACCAGACGUGAGUGAGCCUAUUUCACCGUGGGAUGUUGCAGAUGGAGCAAAGAGUAUGUCAAAGUCGCAAAGAGAGGAAGCCAGGAUCGCUGCUUGGGAGAACUUGCAGAAGGCCAAAGCAGAAGCAGAAAUCCAAAAGCUUGAGAUGAAACUAGAAAAGAGGAGGUCAGCAUCCAUGGAUAAAAUUCUGAACAAGCUUAGACAUGCUCAGGUGAAGGCCCAAGAUAUGAGACGUGCAACUUCGGAAAGUCAGCCUCGAAGGGAUUCCCACAGAAUCAUUCCGUUUCGGGAGUAUUUCAAGAUUGCAUCAUUUGGCAGUUGCUUUGUUUGCCGUAUCCCUUAAUUUAUGUACAGGCACGAGGCGUUCUAAAGUAAUAUUUGUAGGUUCUUGUCAAAUCUAGAGCGUCAGCUGUUAUUGGUGAUCUAAAGGAACACACAACUCAUUACUGACUGCUUUAUGCAGUAUUCGACCUACUUGUUGGCUAUGUAGUAUUCAGGCCUUAUCACUGUG